AUAGCUGAAGUUUGCUCUAUGACACUAAAAUAAAAAUUAAAGAAUAAAGUAGAGAGUAAAGGGUCUAGGUUUUUCUUUCCACAGCCACAGAGGCACGCACACACCCAACGCAAACACACAGUCACACACUCUCUCUUUCACACACCCACACCCAGACACAUUUUCUGUGGAGAGGAGCUGCUCUGUCAGCUGCACCGCUUGGCAAGGGCUCAAAACCCUAGCACAAAUUCUACUGGAUGCUCCUCGUUCUUCGUUCGACACUCUGAAUUCAUGCUGUAGUGUAAUUUUGUUGAUUGUUUCUUAUUUCGGUUCUCCGUUUGGGAUUUCGAGUGUGAGCUGGAGAAGCUGGAGUGUGUAAAAAUGAGUAAGACGAAAGUGCUAGUAUUCUUGGAUGUCUCAAUCGAUGGAGAUCCUUAUGAGAGGAUGGUUUUCGAGCUAUUCACUGAUGUUGCUCCCAAGACUUGUGAAAAUUUCCGCGCACUUUGCACUGGAGAAAAAGGUGUUAGUGUUAAAACCGGAAAACCACUACACUAUAAAGGAACAUUUUUCCAUCGUAUUAUUGAAGGAUAUGUGGCUCAGGGAGGGGACUUUCUUAGGAAAGAUGGUAAAUGUGGGGAAAGUAUAUAUGAUGGAAAGUUUCCAGAUGAGUCCCCGAAACUGAGACAUGAUGGCCCUGGUUUGUUAUCUAUGGCUAUUGCUGAUCGUGAUGAGCGAGGCUCUCUCUUCAGUAUCACCUUUAAGGCUGAUCAUCACCUUGAUAGGAAAAAUAUUGUCUUUGGUAAACUUGUGAAAGGACAUGAGGUGCUGAAGAAGAUGGAAAAUGUUGGUGAUGAUGAGGGAAAACCUACCGUGACUGUGAAAAUUGUCAAUUCUGGAGAACUAUGUGAUGAUAAAAAGAAGGGGAAUAAGUUGAAAAUGGGAAAGGAUGCAAUUGAUGAAUAUAAAAACGAGGUAAAACGCAAGGGGAAGCACAAGAAGUCAUCAAAGAAGAGGAGGAAAAGAAGAAGAUAUUACAGUUCUGAAUCUGAUAGCUCAUCAGAAAGCGAUACGGACUCUUCAGAAUCUGAUAGUGAGUCUGACUCAGAUGCUUCCUCCUUAAGUGACUCUAGCUCUUCAAGUGAUGAUAAGCACAAGAAACGAAAGAGAUCUAAGAGGGACAAACAUAGGCGUGGCAAGAGAAAGGAUAGGCGACAUGAAAAGCGACGAAAGAGGCGAGAUAAAAAGUCAAAACGUAAAUCUAAAAGGAGUAGUGUUUCUGAUAGCGAGAACGAGAUUAAAUCUGGAAGUAGCUCUCAAGAUGAUGCUGCAGUUGGUGCUUCUGAUGGGAAGUAUAAACCCUCUGGAAAUCAAUCGCCUCUUGCGCGAGAGAAUUCAAAAGUUAAUCAUAAAAAAGGGGAGGCAGACUUGUCUGACAAGGAAGAGGGUGAGUUCCCAAGGGAAAAUGGAGACCAUCAAAGUAAUGGAACUGGAGUAGGAAUCGGAUCUGACAGAGCUGCUGAUAGGCACCCUGAUGUAUUGGAUGAUCUUCCAAGCAAAUCUAGAAGUCGAAGCUUAAGUCCUAGAAGAUCCAUGAGUAAGAGCAUGAGCCUCAGUCCCAGAAAUGCUGGCAAAAGUCCUAUUGUUGGUGCAAAAAAGAGCAGGAGUAGGAGUCCUAGUGGCAGUAGAAGCCCACAAUAUUAUGGCAGCAGCAGGAGUCCAGCACGGAGCAACAGGAGGACUGCCAGCGUGAGCCCACCAGCUAGGUCUCAUUCUCAACAAAGUCGUAGUAGAAGUAGAAGUGCCACCGGUUCUCCGCAAAGAGGAAGAGUGGCCCAGAGCCCGGCAAGAACCUCAUCCAGAAGAUCACCAUUGAAAUCAGUUAGUCGCAGUCCUGUGAGAUCUUCUCGGCGAAGUCCAAGCAGGAGCUCGGGCAGACCUUCUCGAAGGAGCAUAAGCAGGAGCCCAGUUCGAUUGACCCAUAGAAGUGUCAGCAGAAGCUCUGGUAGGGUCCCCGUUAGGAGAAGCCCUAGUCCAGGUCCAGCCAGGGCACCUAGAAGGACCAAUCGCCGCAGCUUCUCAGGGAGUCCAGUAAGCGCAGGCCACCGGGCUAGGUCACCUGUCUCUGAUCGUCGUAGGAGCUCGUCGAGAAGUCCUUCUGUUGAUGGAUCACCUAAACGCAUUAGAAGAGGAAGGGGAUUUAGUGACCGAUACUCAUUUGUCCGGCGAUACCGGAGUCGCUCUCCUGAACGGUCUCCUAUUAGGUAUCGUUAUGGUGGUAACCGUGACCGAUACUCAAAUUACAGAAGGUCCCCUAGGCGUUUCAGGAGCCCGCCUCGAGCCAGAACACCCCCAAGAUACAGGGGUAGGAGAAGUAGGACCCGCAGUCCGAGUCCCUCUCGAAGUCCAGUACGCUACCGUGGCCGUCGCUACAGCCGCAGCCGGAGCCCUGUUCGCAGUCGGUCCCCUGUGGAAAGGUACCGUGGCUCACCACCACGUCCUGAAAGGCGGAGGUCACCUUCCCCAAGCAGGAGCCCAUCGGCAUCACGAUCACCACGGGUUUCAGAAUCUCCAAAGCGCGUGGAGAAGGGUAGCUCCAGGUCGUCGUCCGGUAGCCCCCCUCGCAAGACAGGCCUGGUGUCCUACGGCGACGGCUCCCCCGAUUCCGAUCGCGAUUGAUUUCGAGUUGCUACGUUGUGUGAUCUCGAGUUAAUUAUACAAGUAGUUUGUUGAAAUAUUGGGAACUCGUAGCGAUACUUAAAGAAGGCUAGCUAGCGUCUUGUGUGUAUGGAACAAAUGGUAUUUCUAGACUUGAGCUGAAGAGAUGUGGGCUUUAAAUGGGAAACAAUCUCUCUAUGUCGAAACUGUUCAAUUUUUGCCCAAUGUUAGGAAAUUGGAAGUCUUUGUCAUUGCUAA